AUGGAAGAGCUUCUAUCAAAGCACCGCAAGGAACAAAAAGAUCUCCAAGCCCGCAUCACACAGCGAAAAAAGUCCGCCACCAAGAAAACUCGCAAGGGCGUCAAUGAUGAAUGCGAUCGAAUGCAGCACGAAUUGUCUGACAGGCAGCAGUCUGAAAUUGCGCAGCUGAACGGAGAUCCCGUGGAAGACCUCGAAAACCUCAGUUUAGAAGGUGGCCAACCACCAGACGAAGACAAGCCCUCCGAGACCCCCAAAGAACCAGAGCCAGAGUCACAACCCAUCUCUCACGCAGAGCCUCCAAACACCAAGAAACCGAACCGUCAGAAAGCUCGCCUCGCCCGUCGUGCAGCCGAGCAAGCCGCCCAAUCAGCCACCGCCGCAGAAGAAGCCGCAAACCAAACAAACUACAGAGGCAACGAACAAGAGGUCAUGGAUGCGGUCUUCAAGAAACUCGGCUUGAAGGAAGUAGAAGUCACACCAGAUGGUCAUUGUCUUUACUCGGCUGUUGCAAAGCAGCUCGACGAGUCUGGGCUCGGCCUGAGGCCCGACCCAAGUCGCAUUGUCCUCCAGUCAUCCACACAGUCACGCAUCGACACGGUCGCCUCCCCGCAACAUGACGGCUACCGAGCUGUCCGUGCCGUCACGGCGGAUUUCAUCACCGAACAUAAAGAGGACUUCGAGGCGUUCAUGGAAGAACCCUUGGAUUCAUACACGCGGAAAAUUAAGUUGACAGCCGAGUGGGGAGGACAACUGGAACUGCAGGCCAUUGCACGGGCGUACGGCGUCGAGAUCAAUGUCGUGCAAAGUGACGGGCGAAUGGAAAAAAUCGAGUCCGGUGAAACCUUUGACGAGGAGGAAAAGCACAAGCGCGUGAUCUGGCUCGCGUACUACCGUCAUACCUACGGACUCGGCGAACAUUACAAUGCCCUCGUGAAGAAGGCAUAA